GCUGUUUUAACCUGGAGACAGACGCACGCGUACGUCGCUAACAAAGCAGUAAUAAAACUUAAUACACACACACACGUACUCACACACAUGUAGUCACGCACACAUUUUAGUCGAAAACUAGAAAGAAAACAAACAACAGUAACAGUAGGAAAAAAAGAGACACACUCAUACAAACUACAUACAAAGUGGCUGUUGGUAGUAGAAGAAGCAGCAACAGCAGCAAAGAAGGCGAAAAAGUGACUUGUUUUUUGUUUGCAUGUGUGCGCCGUCGCGACGUUGACGGUAACGUUAUAACGUUGAAGCCGCAGUCGAAGUCGAAGCCGAAGCCGACGUCGGCGUCGCUGUCCGCUUGUACGUGUUGGUAUUAAGAUCGCGUCGACGCGUCGUGGAAAGGCAAAAGACAAGCAAAGCAAAGCAAAGCUAACGUAACGUAACUCACUAAGUGCUAGUCAGUGUGACUAGCAAAAGAAGCACAAGUACAUAAAAGCUUUACAUAUACGUACACUCACACAUGCACUCUACACUCGCAUGUAUAGAUGUGUAAGCGUUGUGUAUGUGUGAGCAGUUAAAUUGUUAAACAAUCAAAAAAGAAAGUGCAAUAAAAAAUUGUGAAAAGCAGCGACAGUAAAAACAAUAAUAAUAAUCACAGUCAAAACCACAACAACAGGAACAACGAGUGCAAUGUGUUAAGAUCGCGUUGAGAUCAACAAACGUAGAAAACGUGCAAGGGAAGAAGGAGAGCUAAAGCAACAACAACCUGAUGCAGAGGCAUCUUAAUAACGGUAAAGAAAAAGAGAGCUUAAAGCGUUGGCGUCAUUGUUGGUGUAUUUCCAAUGGCUCAACAAUCAUAGAAUGCAUUGCUGCAAUGUGUUCCUAACCAAAUGAACUGUAUCGUAACUACUCGUACAACAUUAAUAAACAAUUGCUGCUAUUGAAAGCAAAUAGAAAGUAAAACAUCGAAAUCAAUCGAAUCUGAGACACAAAUCUAACAGUAGUUACAGAUAAGAAGACAUAAUGCAGGUACCUGAACACGUUGUCUCACUCUACAUUGCCACCUGUGGUCAAAAUGGACCCGGACUUGGCUCUGAUGAAAAGGAAAUCAUAUUACUGGUCUAUGUUCUCCUGGAAGUAACCACGGGACAGAUCAUUGGCACCAAACAAAUACUCGUGCGACCCGAUGGCUACUUCAUCAAGGAUCGCACCAUAUCCAGCUCCUCGGAUAACUCGAAUGUUACUAACAACACAGCAUGCUCACCUCCUUUGGCCAUUGGCUAUGCUGGCGACAAUAGUUCUAGCAAUAACACCACCAAUAAUAACAGCAACAAUUCAACGAACAGCAUCACAAAUUCUGCAAUCAGCGGGAACAGUUCUGGUUCCAGCAAUGGCCUCAGCCUGACCACAUUGGAGAACAGCAGCGAACUCAUUCUGCCCAUUGCCGAGGCACAGGCUGCUGGAAAGCCCUUAACCGAGGCAAUUGAGGAGUUUGAUGCUUAUCUACGCUCUCUCGCACUCGUAGAUACGGAGAUCAAGCUGAUCACCGAUGGGCAGCUGCCGCUUCGUCAGUGCCUUCAUCGGGAGGCCUGUGCCAAGGAUGUCGAGCUGCCUGCCUACUACAAUCAAUUCAGCGAUCUUCGCAAGGAGUUUCAGCGUUACAAGUCCGGUGAUCUGUCUCGGGCUCUCGUUCCCUUAAAGGACAUUAAGAAAAUGCUGCAAUCCCCUACACUCCCCUUACCACAGUCCAUUGGUGAAAUGCUAAAAGAGCUCAAUGCUACUUCUGUGGAAGAUAAUGACUUUUAUAUACGCGAAUCUCGCGAUAUGGUCACUGUGAUUCAAACAUUGCUUCAAGCGGGUCAUAAAUUUGAUGCAAAUGAACUCGUCAAUCUGGUACUGGAACCUGGCAUUUGCUCAAUUGACGACGAGGUUGACGGCAAUUGUAUUGUGCGAGCCCGUGGAUUGCCCUGGCAGAGCAGUGAUCAGGACAUUGCCAAGUUCUUUCGGGGACUCAACGUAGCCAAAGGCGGCGUUGCAUUGUGUCUGUCGCCGCUGGGACGGCGCAACGGUGAGGCAUUGAUACGCUUUGUAUCGCAGGAGCAUCGCGACAUGGCUUUGAAGCGGCACAAACAUCACAUUGGCGCCCGCUACAUCGAGGUGUACCGCGCAUCGGGUGAGGACUUCCUUGCCAUCGCGGGAGGUGCAUCGAAUGAGGCGCAGGCCUUUCUUUCCAAGGGCGCUCAAGUGAUCAUUCGCAUGCGAGGACUGCCCUAUGAUUGCACAGCCAAGCAAGUGCUGGAUUUCUUUACCACCGGUGAGUCGCCUUGUCAUGUCCUGGACGGCAACGAGGGAGUGCUGUUUGUCAAGAAGCCGGAUGGCCGAGCCACCGGAGAUGCCUUCGUGCUGUUCGCCAACGAAGCUGAUUCACCUAAGGCCCUAGGAAGGCAUCGGGAAUCGAUUGGGCAACGCUACAUUGAACUCUUCCGAUCGACGACAGCUGAGGUGCAGCAGGUGCUGAACAGAUCGAUGGACCCGAAGACCUACGAAUCGAACAAUCACAGUCAGCCGCCGUUGAUAGCACAGUUGCCCACCAUGCAGUUGCCGUUGCUGCCGCAGGUGGGUCCCGCCGCCGGUGGCCACGUCCUCAACCCGCUGUCAGCUAGUGCCAGCCACGCUAACCUGUGCCCAUCACUUACCCAUGCCCCACAGCAUCUCAUCACCUCCGGGACGACCAAGAACUGCAUUCGGCUGCGAGGUCUGCCCUACGAGGCGAUGGUCGAGCACAUUCUCCACUUCCUGGACGACUUUGCCAAGCACAUCAUCUACCAGGGCGUGCACAUGGUCAUCAAUGCUCAGGGCCAGCCCAGCGGGGAGGCCUUCAUCCAAAUGGACUCGGAGGAUUCGGCCAGAUUGUGCGCUCAGCGCAAGCACAAUCAGUACAUGGUCUUUGGCAAGAAGUUGCGCUACAUUGAGGUCUUCCAGUGCUCGGGCGAUGACAUGAAUCAUGUGCUCAAUGGCGGCCUCGCCUCUCCAGUGGCGCCCCCGCCACAUCCUGGCCACGCUCAUCUGGCUGCUGCUGCCGCCGCCGCUGCCGCAGCUGCUGCGGCGGGCAAGCAGCCAUCGCUGCUAUCUCCGGGUAUGUUAGCUCAACCGCCGCCGCCAUCCGCCGGCGCACAGGGACUUAGCUCUCACUCCCACACACACACACACUCACACGCACACUCACACACACACCCACACUCGCAUGCGCACGCACACACACACGCCGCGGCCGCUGCAGCCGUCGCUGCAGCAGCUCAUCACGCAUUGCAAACGUCAGCUGCCUCGAUGCUUGGCGGCAACUCGCACGCUCCGCCCACCGCCGGCACUCCAAGUGCUGGCUUGGCCGGCUUCAUGGUUGCUCCGCCCGCUGCCACCAUGUCCACGCACUCCUCGCUGGGUUCCCUGUCCAGCAGCAGUCUCGCUCCGUCUGCACCUGCGGCCUAUCCCUUCAAUCUCUCCAUGCCGUCCACGCCCAGCAGCCAGGCUGCUGCAGCAGCUGCUGCCGCCGCCGCUGCGGCUGCCACGAAUCCUGCGCUGUUGGCUCAGCAGCAAGCGCAGUUCAUUGCCCAGCAGAGUCUGAUGGCUCGUCAGCAGGCGGCUGCAGCGGCCGCGGAGCAGCAGCAACAGCAGCAGAUGUAUGCGAAUGCAGCCAUGUUGCAGCCCCAUCCGUUGUACAUGCAACAUCCAGGCGCUGCCGCUGCCGCAGCUGCUGCAAUGGGCGCUCAACCGCAGUUUGUCCUCAUGCAGCGUCCCUAUCUGCAACCCUUUCAAUUGGGCUACAUGCCCGCAGCCACUGGUGGCUAUCAAUUCGCCGGUGCUGCCUCUGCUGCCCCCUCACCAAGUGGUGCAGCAGCAACGGCGGCAGGUGGCAGCUCCAAUGCUGGCCUCGCGCUUCAAUCGCACAAUAUGAAGCGUUCCUAUGAGAAUGCCUUCCAGCAGGAUGCGGCAGGCGCCGCUGCUGCGGCCAGUGCCGCCAAACGGGCCUUGACCCGGGCCCCCAACAGCGUCUAUUCAUAUUAUAAUCCAGGCAUUUAGAGCAUCAAUCGUGACUGAUUCAUUUCACACGCCACCUUAGACAUGAUUGAGGGAUGUGUUCCUUCAGAAUACUUGAGAAUUCAGUUUAGCAAGACUGAUUGAACAUGAUUGAAACUGCAAGAAACUCCAUUUAGUGCAUCAAUCCUGAUUGAUUCAUUUAACAUGCCAAAUAAGACAUGAUUGAGUGAUUGAUUUCCUUAGAAUAUUUGAUAAUUCAGUUUAGCAAUAUGAUUGAAACUCCAAAACCUAAUUAUUGAUUCUUUGCUGGCACUUAUUGCAGCAUAUUUGAGAAUUCAGUUUAGCAAGACUGAUUGAACAUGAUUGAAGCUCCAGCACCUAUACUAUAAUUCAGAUCGAUAAUGACUGUUUGAUCGAUCGAUAAAACUCCAACGCUUCCUGCACAUUCCAAACUCAUUUCCAAAUGCAAAGAUUGAUUGAUUGUUUGAUUGACAGCAUUGGAAAUGAGCCUCAAAGCAACGACAUUUGCAAUGCGCGAUGAGUGGCAAUAUACAUACUUACAUAAAUAUAUACCCUAUAUAUAUUCCUUACUUAUACAUACCUUUUGCUCGCUCAUCUUGGAAAAUCCAUCCACACUCAUACAUACAUACAUACAUACCAGACACUCUUUAGAGCUUAAAAUUUGUUUUUAUCGUACACUUUUUAUAGUGAAAUUUUGUGUAGUUGUUUAAGUUUUUUUUAAAACGAAAGUAAACGAAAAUUACUUUAAGCAUUUUGUCUAUGGUCUAGCAUUACUUAUACUCUGCACACAUGCAAACACUUACAUACAUAUGUUGCAUAGAUACACACUUACACACGCAGACACAACACUCAUAUAUACACACACACACACACACAGACACCCACCUACAAUCGGGGCAAGCUAACUAAUAUCUUACAAAUUUUAUAUACAUCCUAUAAAUCUUCAGGGCAAUUCUUUUUAUCUACUUAACUAAGCUAUGUGUAUGUGUAUGUGCUUCUGUAUUAGUGUGUGUGUUCCUGUGAGUGUAUGUGGGUGUAGAAGGUGAGCGCGUGGGCGUGUGUGUGUCAGCGCAACAACAACAUUUAAUAUUCAAUAAAAAAGAAAACAACAACAACAA